CUUUUUUUGGCAAAAGUUAAUCUUCAACCCAAUGCAUAGCAAGUUAAGUUUUAAAAAAAAUCCUGCACUUGGGAAUAUUUUGGGUGGGAAAGUCCUUAUUACAUGAAACAUGAUUCCGUUUAUCGCGGCCGCGAGUCCGUGAUUUUCCAUUUGUAAAAAUUUUCCGCUCAAUGAGCAGUUACGUAAUGAAUGCUGGAUUUUUCCAGGUCUCAGAAUGUUGUUACAACGCGGGCGCAACCUCAUCGAACAGGACACUUCGAAAGACCGCCUAAUAACGUUCCAUUCGUUCCAAAACAGAUCAGAUUUGUAGACAAGUAGAGACAGAUCACCAUCUCAACACGCACGCAUUUACUGAUUUGAGUUUCAAAAUUUGCACCUGAAAGUUAGAGGUUUGAAGAGAUGAAGCUGAGGAGAAUCGUUUUUAUGACGUUCCUUGUCCGUGCUUGCUCAGCCUUCACGACGACUCCAGCCCCAACAACCUCAGAUCUGACUCUUUCUCCGGAAUGUUCCAACUACAAAUUCCUCAACGAGUCAGACAGAGCACAGACAUACAACAAAAGCAGUCCUGUCCUUUGUGAUGCAACGACUCAGGGCUGGUACAGGUUCGGUGGAGGGGCUGGAAACCAAAUGCCUGAAUCCUGUGUCAACAAGGGGCACUGUGGUACACAAGGGCCGGGCUGGCUCAACGGAAGUCACCCAUCUGUGGAUGAAGGAGCAGUCACGCUCAAAGUUUGUUUUAAUUGGCGAAGUUUCUGCUGUCUAUUUGAGACUUACAUCACAGUACGCAAUUGUGGAGGGUUCUUCGUGUACAGACUUAGACCAGCGCUUAUUUGUGACUCGCGUUACUGUGGCAACGGAUUGACGCCAACAGCAGAAACAACAGAAAGGCCAACCAGAGGAACAACAGCAAUUUUUUCACAUUUGCCGACAAAUCUUCCAACAAAAGAAUUCUCACCCAUACCGUGGCGUCCAUCGCUAGUGACACCGCAACGUAAGUAGGCGUAAUUCUGACAAUUUUAGCUGAAUCCUACGUUUGUACAAAGUUUAAAGCGUAAACUUUAGCUGCCGGUCAAAAUUAGUUUUGUUGCCGAUACUAACUCGAAACCUUGUCUACCUUCUUCAACCUAAGUUUCGUACAAGUGAGAUUAUCGUUUAAAAUGAGCUGAAAAACGGGAGACAGCCAUUUUUGACAUCCGACUUUAACAACUUGCCAGAAGACUGAACAAUUUUUGCUACAGUUUAUAGUUUUACAAGUUGUGAAACUUUGAAUGUAGUAAGCUUGUUGGAAAUUUUGAAAUUCAAGCUGCCGGAAAAAGGCAUUUGAAUUUCUGAGCUCUGUACAAUCUUGCCGAAUUUCGAGCUUUUAUAUCCCUUAAGUGUCGAAUCCAGGCGGGCGUUUGUUAACAGCAGAGUGUCUUCGAUUUCCAGUUUUUACAACCCGCAAAAACUGUAAAUUUAGAAUACAGAAUUUGUGAAAUCUUGAUAAGUCAAGGUACUUUGAAAGAUUUCAUAUUGGCGAAUUCUGGAAUAUUGAGUUCAAGUUUUUAUAUCCGUACUGUGAAAUCUUGAAUCUAAGACUUCACUUCUAAACACAACCACGUUCCCAGGAUCUCUCUGUCUCCCUCGCCCCGCGAGGGUGAGAAGAUUGGAGACCCUGGGAACGAGAUUUUUCUAAACACAGGUCAAUUUUUUCUUUUUUUCAUUUCAGAGAUCAAAAACGUUUUACUUUGGUAGAUGUUUUUUAAAUUUCUUUUCCAGUUUUUAUCGUGCACAUAUGCGUCUUCAC